UUUAUUCUGGAAGCCGGUUUGAAUUCAUUUUAUUCAUGCAAGAAAACUAUUCCAGUUUUUAUUAUAUUUAGUUGAAGCCAAGAGCUUUGAAAAAAUGAGUCACAAAUUUCUACACGAGGAAAACAGGAUUAAAGUGUGGGCCAUGUGUUAAAAAAAUUGUCUUCAGAAUUAAAAAACCAGAUUUUUUUCGAAUCAAAGAGGAUCAGAGUAGCCAAGAAUAACUGUGAAAGACCAUUAUCAACUAUGCCAAAUUACGAAGACAUAAAAUUACCUAAGGAAAUAAUGACACAUGCAACUGCUACAUGCGUAUAACAGCAAGAUGUUGUAACCAUCCGAAGGUCAUAAAGGAUAGAGGUCGAAAACGGCAAGCAUCCAAGAAUAUUAAUGCCUCUAAUGGGUUCUAUGGUGCUUCGAAAAUCGCACACGUAUGAAACAGUAGGAUGAUGAAAUUUUUUAAGUAUACUCAAGGUUCAAAAAUGCGAAUCAGUGUGAACGCAAACAAGAAAGAAAACGUCACUUUCAAGGAUGAAAAAUUAUACAAUUUUCAAGUUAACACAGGUUCUUUGUCAAAUUAAAUUAAGAAGCUAACCAAUUUUCUUCGAAGUUCAGCUGGUAAAAGAUCCACCCCGACGUAUUACGCUAAACAUGCCUCUGAGAAAGCUAAGAUUCCUGAAGAUGUUUAUAAAGAAGUUAUAUUUGAUUUUGACACCGAUAAUUCAUUUGGAAAAAAGAAAAGACCUGUAAUCUGGGCAGACGCUGAGGAGUUACUAGAAGCUGUCAUAAAUCACCGAAAUCAAACUGGCAAUCCCGUCGUAAAAUUAAUGGCCGAUGAGGGUCAAGGAUUUUUGAAAAUUUCAAUGACAAUACUCCCAGAAAACUAUUCACUUGAUUUGGACUGCAGUGUCGAUGACUUAAACUUCGAUGAUAAAGAUUCUUAUUUCUCAGCAUUAACUUCAGAAGAAAUGCAAGAGAAUAUGGAGAAAUUCAAAUGUGUUCGAUGCUUGGAAGAUAUGCAGAAAGCUCCAGAUGCGGAAGGAGACAUCAAUGAUCAAUACAUAGGGUAUCGAGAAUAUGAAGCAGCUUAUAAAGCUUACAAAAUUAAUCUGCUUGCUAGGCCUACAGAGAAGUUUCGCAAUGUAGCAACAGCUAACUUGAAAAUGUUUAUUAAGAACUUCGGCAAGAAAAAAGAAACGUCUCAUGGAUUGAGAAAAUCGUUAAUGGAGGAUGCUAAACGCGAAAUGCAUGAAGUGGAUCCAGAAUGGUAUUCGAAAGGACCUUGUCAGGACCAACGGGAAUUUGCAACAUAUACAUUAUUCAUUGCAAAAAUCCACAGACAUUGUACCUUAGAGGAUAGAGCAGCAAAAGAAGAUAAAAGUAAGAAGAGAAGAACAAUAGAAGAAGAAGAAUAG